AUGGGCAAGUUUAAUUUGCUUCUUUUGGCUGGCUUUGCCGCCAAGCUGGCCGCCGCCAAGGACGUCUACCUCAAUUGGAACGUUACUUGGGUCAAUGCCUCCCCGGAUGGAUAUACACGGCCUGUCAUUGGUAUCAACGGCCAAUGGCCAUGCCCACAGGUUGAUGUCGAGCUUGGGGACCGUGUGAUUGUGGACGUGUACAACGGUCUGGGCAACCAGUCGACUGGUAUCCACUGGCACGGCUUUCAUCAGUACCACACUGGAGUCAUGGACGGCUCCAGCUCGGUGACCCAGUGCCCCCUCGCCCCGGGCCAGCACAUGCAGUAUAAUUUUAUUGUUAACCAAACCGGAACUUACUGGUAUCACUCGCACAACAUGGGCCAGUAUCCGGAUGGCUUCCGUGGUGCUUUCAUUGUUCACGAUCCGAAGCCGCCCUUCCACUACGAUGAUGAAUUCACUCUUACUCUCAGCGAGUGGUACCACCGCGAGAUGGCCGACUUGCUGCAUGACUACCUAUCGCAGGAGAACGAGGAGGCUUUCGGUGGCAAGGAGCCGAUUCCGGACUCGGCCUUGAUCAAUGAUUCCACCAAAACCAAGAUCAAGGUUCAGCCCAACAAGACUUAUUUGGUUCACAUCGUCUGUGUUGGCAACUGGCCCGGCCACACCUGGGUCUUGGACGGCCACGAGAUGACUGUCGUGGAAGUUGAUGGAAUUUACACUGAACCGUAUCCAGUUGGCAACCAGAUGCUUCGUGUUGCCCCUGGUCAGCGGAUGAGUGUCCUGAUCCACACGAAGCCCGAUACUAGCAAGAACUUUGCGAUCUGGAACACGAUGGAUAUCAACAUGAUGUUCAUCUACGAAAACCGCGCCAUUCCCGCCAAUUAUAAUCCCAACGUGACUGCUUGGCUUGUGUAUGAUGAAGCAAAGCCUCUACCCCCACCUCCUGUUCUGCACGAGUUCAGCUUCGUGGACGAUGUCGCCUUCGUUCCCCUCGACAAGGAGCCUCUGCUGCAGCCAGUGAACAAGCAGAUCAUCAUCGACACCUUCUCUGCUGAGAUAAAUGGUAUCAAUCGCUUCAUGAUUAACAACAAGACUUACAUCCCCCAGGAUGUCCCCACGUUGUACACUGCCACCAGCGUCGGAAAGGAGUUUUCGUCCAAUCCAGAAGUUUAUGGCCAGGUGAAUCCCUUCAUCGUCAAGUACGGCGACGUCGUGGAGAUCGUCAUCAACAAUCAUCACAACAACCUGCAUCCGUGGCAUUUGCACGGGCACGAGUUCCAGGUCCUGCAGCGUUCUGAUGUUGAUGGGGGCUACUUCACCGGCGCCUACUACCAGAACGUCUCGCAGACUCCCAUCCGCCGCGACACCAUCAUGGUUCAGAACCAUGGCCAUACCGUCCUGCGCUUCCGCGCGAACAACCCCGGCGUCUGGCUUCUGCACUGCCACGUUGAGUGGCACGUCGAGGCCGGCCUGGUUGCCACCAUCAUUGAGGCCCCAGAAACCUUCCCCGAUUCCCAGGACGCUCCUCCCCAGAGCCACUAUGAUGCCUGUGCAGCCUAUCCCGACCCCACCAAUGGCAACGCCGCGGGCAAGUACGGCCUUGAUCUUGCUGGGGCGAAGACCGAGGUUGAAACCGAGGUUCACGGCGCCAUGUACUCUUUCAAGCCUCUUGCCUCUGCUCCCCAGCAGCCUGGGACGUCUUCGGCACCACCGCCGCCGCCUCCCGCGCCUCAGACGACUACCUGGACUCCGCCGCCUCCUGCGGCUCCUGCGCCUGAGCCUACCCAGUCGCCUCCUCCUCAGCAGCCCCCAGCACCCUAUCCCACUCACUCCCAUGGGCCCCCUCCUUACCAGCCGGCACCGGCUUCUCAGCCUGCUGCUCCCAAGCCCAUUGCACAGCAGCCCACCCCACAGGCACCGGCUCCUCAGCCUGCUGCUCCUGAACCCAUUGCACAGCAGCCCACCCCACAGACACCGACUUCUCAGCCUGCUGCUCCCGAGCCCAUUGCACAGCAGCCCGCCCCACAGGCGCCUGCUGCUCACGUCCCUGCCCCCGUGGCUCCUGCUCCCGUGGCCCCGGCUCCCCAAGAGUCCGUGCCACUAGAGCCUGUCUACUGUGCACCCCUGGCCCCGCCUCCCCAUGACACGCCUGUCGAUGUGCACCAGCACGAGAGCGACGGCGCCUGGCCUCACCCCCACACUGACGACGGCUCCGCCCAGGUUGGACAAGGCCCGCAUGCUGACUAUGCGCACUCCGAGGAUACCAGGGGCCCAUGGCCUAACCCCAUCAACGAUGAGUCCCAUGCCCAAAUUGGGCAUGGUCCUAACGGACAGCCUAUUAUUGCCCACAACGAGGAUACUAAGGGCCCCUGGCCUCACCCCACCAGCAACGAUGGCUAUGUCAAGGAUGGCGGUUACACCAUCAAGACUCACGACAAUGGUCCUAACGACCUUCCCGAGGGUUACGAAUACUGGCAGCAGUAUGAGCAUCAGCAGUAA